AUGAGACCUGCACAUGCACAAAUACCUUCCGCUGUGAGGGCCCGGAGCGUGCCCUCUGUCUGCAUCUCUCAUUCGCAGCUAGCUUGGAGACCCGCUCCACUACGCUCUGUAGCUCAUGCACGAUUUAUAUCCACGAUUAAAUCAGGGCACAUCAACGUUAGUGAGAAUGAAGGGAUCAUAUUCAUCAAUAAUAUUUUCCCACAUCGGCUUCAAUGGCUGCUGCGGGGUCCUCUCAGUCAUGUACAGCCUCUCGAGGGGCUCUUGAAGAGAGUCGGCAAACCCGACCUGGCUGCAUCUGAUCCUCUUCAUAUUGCCCAGCGCGCCUUGCCUCAGAGCUUGAAUCUCGAAAUCAAAGAGGUGGUCUCCCGAUACAAAGAAGGCGGUGCAUUCGUUAAAUUCGAACGCAAGCUCGGCGCCACUGAUGAGAAUAUCAGUAACGCGAUCAAGGAGCAUCUCGCCAAAAACCCCAUCAGGCCGUGGUUCAAUCCAUUUCAAACAGCAGACGCCGAUAUAGUUCGUGGAAGACCAUGGAUUGAAGAUCUAUAUCGGAUCCCAAGCCAAAGUCUGAAAGUUGAAUUUCUGCCUGCCUCUACUGAAGGUCCACCAACAGAGUUGACCCAGGAGGCCAUCUAUUCUCUUUUUCGUCCCUUUGGGAAGAUUCUGGACAUUCAGCAGCAGCCAUCAGACUCAAAGGUUGUGCCUCGGUACGCCAUUGUGCGCUUCGAACGCCCUCGAUUCUCCGUCCUGGCAAGAAAUUGCAUGCACGGGUAUGAGGCAUUUGAGGAAGAUGGAGGGGGGAAAUCCGGUACCAGGUUCAAGAUCAGCUAUGAGCGCAAGAUCCGACUGUCUAUGAUUAAGGAUUGGAUUCUGAGCCACCCACGAAUUAUGUUUCCCGUCAUCGCGGCACUCGUAGCCGCCAUCACCGUUAUCAUCUUCGACCCUAUUCGAACAUUCUUCAUCAAACUCAAAAUUAAGGCGACACUUCACAUUGAAGACAAUGCUGUUAUGCUGUGGAUUCGGAAGCAGGCCAGCAAAGCCAAUAAAAUUUACUUUGGACAGCACAAGGCGGAUCCUCGGGGCUUGACAGCCAUUUGGGAAGAUCGACAAGGCGAUAUCUCGCAGCUCCAAGCAUGGCUCACAGAGACUGCGGAGACAUUUAUUGUCAUCCAUGGUCCGAGGGGCUCGGGCAAGCGGGAACUGGUUCUUGAGCAGGCGCUAAAAGAUCAUCACUACAAAGUGAUUAUUGACUGCAAGCAGAUCCAAGAUGCUCGAGGUGAUUCUGCCAAGAUUGCUCGGGCAGCCGCGCAGGUCGGUUACCGACCAAUCUUCUCCUGGAUGAACAGCAUCAGCAGUUUGAUCGAUUUAGCUGCGCAGGGAAUGAUUGGUACCAAGGCUGGAUUCUCUGAGACCCUAGAUGCCCAGCUUAGCAAAAUUUGGCAAAGCACAGCGGUAGCCAUGAAACGAGUUGCGCUCGAAGGUCGUCGGAAAGAUGACAAGGAUUCCAAUCUAAAGGACGAUGAGUAUCUCGAGGUUCACCCUGAGAAACGGCCAGUUGUGGUCAUUGACAAUUUCAUGUACGAUGCCGAUAAUAGUGUCGUACUCGACAAACUUACCGAAUGGGCGGCUGGGUUGACGUCUGCCAAUAUUGCGCACGUCAUCUUCCUCACCACCGACACCUCUUUUUCCAAGCCUCUCAGUAAGGCCCUUCCGAACCAGGUCUUCCGGACAAUUGGUUUGGGUGACUGCUCCCUGGAGGUGGGUCGUCGCUUUGUGUUGAACCACUUGGAAUCAACAGCUAGCGAGGAAAAAUUCAAGGAGAAGCUACAAGGCCUAGAUGACUGUAUUCAGAUCCUGGGAGGUCGGGUUACCGAUCUUGAGUUCAUGGCACAUCGGAUUGAAGCGGGGGAGACGCCUCGAGCUGCGGUCAACCGAAUCAUCGAACAAUCUGCUUCUGAGAUCAUGAAGAUCUUUAUUCUGGGUACCGACUCUGUCUCGCCGCAAUGGACCACUGAGCAAGCAUGGCACAUCAUCAAAGCUCUUGGGCACGCUAAAGAUGGACAAAUUCUUUACAAUAAAGUCUUGUUCAAUGACCUGUUCAAAGGCAAUGGUGAAGCAACCCUGCGGGCCCUCGAGCAAGCCGAACUGAUCUCUGUUGGAUCUGUCAAGGGGUUCCCUCGCUGGAUCAAACCCGGAAAGCCCGUGUACAAGGCUGCAUUCCAACAGUUGAUCGGGAACAAAACCUUGGAAGGCCGGCUAGAUCUUCUCAUUCUCAGCGAGCUAAUUAGUAGUGAAAACAAGAGUAUCGCCAAGUACGAAGAAGAGCUUGCACUGCUCGGCUCACUCCCGAAAUACCCGUGGGAAUUGACGUCGCGAAUUGAGUGGCUGUUAAGCAAGGUGCAUGGCUCACAAUCCAAGAUUCUCCAGUAUGAAAAGGAGAGUGCCAUUUUGCGAAAGAUACUGCAGGGUGAGAAGUAA